UUUUCCUCGUUGAAUCCAAUUCAUUUCGAAUUUCCGAUAAUAAUAUCUCUCACUAUCCUAAUAAGGAAAAGUGGGGAAAGAGGGGUUUUCCUCUCUCUCUCUCUAAACCUAACAUUUCAUUCUCUCUUUCUCUCUCCUCAAAACCAGACCCGGAAGAAAGAAAAAAAAACCCAUUUCGUAUAUGGAGUUUUUGGACACAAAGGACCCUUGUUUCGUUAUAGACGAUACCCUUCUCGACUUCACUCUCGAAGACGAAGAAGUCCACAAAACCUUCUCCGAAGGCGGCGGCGCCGCCGCCGCCGCCGGCGUUUCUGUUUCUUCAUCUUCUUCUUCCUUGGAAUCCUCCAACCCAGCGGCGGCGUCGGCGGCGGUGUUUAGCCACGAGGCUCGAAACGGCUUGUUUCCUGAGUUUGUGGAGGAGGAACUGGAAUGGUUAUCCAACAAGGAGGCUUUUCCGGCGGUGGAAACUUGCUUCGGCAUCUUAUCCGACAAUCCGGAACUCAUCUCCAGUCACAAGAGCCCCGUUUCCGUGCUCGAAAACAGCACAACAAACAAUUACACCACCGCUUUGAGCUGCUUCGAGCAUCUCAAAGUUCCGGUCAACUUCCCGGUGCGCGCACGGAGCAAGCGGCGGCGGCGGACCAGGCGGUCUUGCUCCGGAGAUCCGCCACUUCAGCACCACCGGCCCCUCUCGGUCGAGAACAAGUCGAAGGUGAAAAGUAGCUGCGGCGGCAACAGCGGCGGUGGUGGUGAUAAUAUGGGGAGAAGGUGCUUGCACUGCCAGGCGGACCGAACCCCGCAGUGGCGGGCCGGGCCCAUGGGCCCGAAGACCCUAUGCAAUGCUUGUGGGGUCCGCUAUAAGUCGGGGCGUUUGCUACCGGAGUACCGCCCUGCGAAUAGUCCGACCUUCUCGAGCAAUUUGCACUCGAAUUCGCAUAGGAAGGUGGUCGAGAUGAGAAAGCAGAAGCAUGUGGAGGUUGGAGGAGGAAUUGUUGGUGGGCCCGGGUAACGAGGUUUUGUGGAUAGAGGGUUUAGGGUAGUGCGGUGAGGAGUUUCCGUUUUCUUCUCUAUUUAGUGUUGCGCCAUAGUUAGAGAUUAGGUUUUGGAACUCGUUUCCAAGGCUUGUUGUAAUGGUUUUAGAUUGUUAGUGAAGCUAAAUCGAUUUUCUUUUAAUAUCGGAAUGGAAUGGAUUAGGGAAUUUUGACUUGAAUUCGCUUUCGAUGCAUUAGACUAUAAAUUUUUCAAAAGAAAUCGUUUUUUAACGGGUUUUUUUGUAUUGGAGAUUUUGAAUAGAAGCAAGAAGGAAUGAUCAAUAGUAGAAAGAAAGAAAUUUGGUGAUGUUUAGUUUAACGUUUUGUUGUACAUUGGCUGUUUGAAGAUUUGUUGUGUUAUAAGAUUUUAGCUUGUAAUAUGGUAAAUUUAUUGUGGUGUAUGUUUUUGUGUUUU